AUGCCAGCAUCAUCCUCAUUUGGCAAAUCUGGCUUUGGACAACCUGCUUUUGGACAACCUGCUUUUGGACAACCCGCCUUUGGGCAACCCGCCUUUGGACAGCCCGCCUUCGAACAAACGAGUUUUGGCUCUAAACCGGCCUCAACUCUUGGGGCACCUGCCUCUGGUGGGUUUGGUGCUUUUGCUGUGACGGGUACAUCUGGUUUCACGUCUACUCCGACACCAUCUUCGCCGUCUCCAAAUGUCGCGCCAUUCCCCUCUCCAGCCCAAUCUGGCUUUGGUGCUCCUGCCUCCAGCCACGACUGUCCAACCACGAUCGUCAUUUGGUUCAUUGUCACUGGGCUCAGAAGGGGGCUUCUUUGUUGGAAGCAGAAGCGGACGGCGUGGAUGGUGCAGAAGAUAGUCAAGACGAGCCACCGGAUGAUGAUGGCUUUUUGUCGGAGAGCUUUGGCUUCGGAAGAUGAUGAUGAUGCUUAUUCGCGAUCGCCUUCACCAACUACUGUGCCAUUACCGCCUUCCCGCUCCCCUUCGUCGACUCCCAACGCUGACGCGCUCAAGCCACAUCCUUCAUCAUCGACGCAGUCGGACGGUGAUGAAUCAGAUUCUUCAGAAGAAUCUCGUCUCUCUACUAUCCGAGAAGAAAGCGAAACGCCGCCAGGAAGUCCCGAAAAGAAACCAACACCACCAUCUGCCCCACUUGCUGCACCAGUUCCUAUCACACCGUCUCUUGGAAUUGGUUUGGGUAGGCCGAGCACAAGACCUGCCAAGAGCUCACCUCUCGCCGCUGCACCUAUGUCCAGGGAUGAAGCCGAAAAACUUACUCCUAAGACGUGGCCCGCUUCUCCUAAACUACCGUUCGGUGUUCUUCCUCCACAGCCAAGACACCGGAUACAACGCCCAAGCCUUCACGCCCAAAGACACCUCCACCUCCACCUUCAGCCUUAUCCUUUGCCUCAACCCCAGCUCCAACAUUGCGGGAAACCACAAAUCCCCUUCAGAAGGUCUGCCGCUUCCUACCUUCCCCGAACUCAGCCCAAUACUAUCUACUCCAAGCCGAUUGCAAAAACUCCCGAACCAUCGGCAAUAUCAACACCAAUUAAGGGAACUCCGUCUAUGCCCUUCAUUUCAGUACCACCGCCACCAACAGUCGUUCCAUCUCGAGCUGAGCUUUCGACAAUGGAGGAAGGAAUGCAGAAGGAAUGUGCAUUGCUGUUCGCGGCAAUGGCUAGAGGACUCGAGGAUUUCAAAAUACUUGCGCAGACCGCAAGUGAACAGUCUAAAUGGUCACUUCGUCUCCAGACGAAGGCUCAAUGGGAGAAACGAAUUCGAGAUUUGGAAAACAACCUGUUGAAAGGGGGACAUGACGAGAGGAGGUUGGGAGCACGCUCUUUGGGACCCGAACAUCUCGAAACCCAGACUCAUUUGCGGAGAACUGUGCGGGCUGUCCAAGAUCGGGUUCAAAAGCUCGAAUCACAUUUGCACGAGCACAAGAAACGACUGAGCAGGGCUGAUAGCGGAAAGCCUGGGCUACGUGGCCGCGACAAGAGAUUACCGGAUCCUGUUGGUCGGCAACGACCGCUGAAUGUCAUGCCCGAUGUCGCAAUACCGACUGCUGCUGCCCUCAAUGCGGAACGCUCGGCUCACAAAUUGAAACGAGCAUUGUUGGGCAUCAGGAAACAACCACUCCUCAACACGCAAGCUGCAUCCGCAACCCCACCGCCACUCAGUUUCCAAACACCACAACGAGGUUUCCCGAUCCAAUUUGGACUUGACCCAGUCACGCCUAUGAUGGGCUUUGAUUUCCCGGAGCCCUGGCCAUUCGCCUGCGACACCAUCGCCGCCUACGUUCGAUGCCAUUCUCGUGUCGAAGCACAUCAUCGACUUGUCAUUAUCGAGGGCCUCCACACCUACCUCUCCAUUGACCCAUGGGUUGAGGCUCCCGAUGUGUUGGACGAACGCUGGUUUCUCCGUGUUGAUGAGGCAGAAGCGUGUCGGGGACUUGUGAAGCGCCAUGUCGAAACUGGGGUGUGUCGGGAUGCAACAGAAGCAAAACAAAGGGCAGAAGGAAACGAUUUGCCCAAAUUAGAUGGUCGCUUCAUCGUCAAGAAUAUGCUCAAGCCGACAAAAUAUAUCGACAGCAUUCAAGACUCUGUCAUGGCGCGAGAGCUAGAAUCGCAAUGA